AUGCCUAGUAACAUUUUACCAGAUGAAGUUGAGUACUUUGGAUUCCUGCCUGUUUCAUUUACGAUUGAACUCCAGGAUGAGUUAGAGAAGAUCCUCAUUGAGUCAUUGGAUGGCCAGUACGCCCACCUCAAACCAAAGAUGCACGAGAUGUUUCGUAGAAACCUCUUUCUCUUCAGUAACUUCGUGUUGAGGAAUGUGCUGGUCUUUCCAGCUGGAUUCAGGUGGGAAAGAAGGAGAAGCGACAAGGUGGUUGACGUUGACUUGGAGGAGAAGAUGGUUGAGCUGGUGAUUCUGAAGGAGAAUCUUGAAAAAAGAAGAAGAAUUUAUCACGAAGGAAGAGUUGAGCUCAUCAAACUCGAAAACAGGAGAGGCAGCCAGCUGUGUCUGCUGGAGAGCAGUAGGCGAUUACAGGACGGAAUGGAUCUCUACGGUGAGUUUGAGCGAGACUACGAGAGUCUCCUGGGGCAGUUUGGUAGGUUCAAUCCCAGUAGUGGAUCGAGUGUAAGGAAGUUGAAGAAGUUCAUGGAGCAUAAAUACAUGAAACAGGAGUACUACCAGGCUGAAAGAAGGAGACUGACUGCUAUUGGUGAGAGAGACGUGCUGGAGUCACUUGCAAAGAGCAUCAACAGGGGUAGUCAAAAGAGUGGUUAA